AUGUCGACUACGGCACCGUCCACGCCCAAGAGCACGCCUCGCAAGGCUGCUCUAACUCGAUCCUUCACGCUCCCUUCGAAAGUCGCAACCACCAGUCGCACUGCACCGAGUGCAGAAAUAGGCGCUGCAGAGGGCAUCGAGACACUCCAUGUACACCCAAAUGGGAAAGUGGUCAAGUUCACUACGAGCGCAACCUCGCGCCCUGGAAGUAGCACUGGGAUCCCAAGCCCUGGCGGACAGCACGCUGGGACCCUACCAUGGGCUACCCUUACGGAGCAGACAUUGGCGGCCGGGCCGAUUGAGAUAUAUCGCGUUCCUGGCUCCGUCUCUUUUCUACACUCGGGAUCGCUGUUGCAUGCUAUCAUGCCCCGGAGUAAUUGCUGGUGUGUGGACGGGGUAAGCAAGUUUGCGAUCAGAGUGCUCGCGGAUACCUACUAUCGCGUGGAACUUCCAGGGGAGACACCGGAGGAUCUGGAGAAGGUGGAGGAGUUCAAAGAUACGCUGAAGAAAGUCUUGUUCUAUGAGCGCACUGCCUGUCCCUUUGCUCGCACCUUCACGGUGGAGCUACCGGAGGAGCCUGAAGUACGGAAGAAGAGGAGAAAGAGUCACGGGCCUGCAAAGAAAUGGACACUGGAGAAGGCCUAUCGGUGGAAACCAGAGGACGGAGAAGCGCCACAAAGGGGUAGCGAACGUUUUUCGGGCAGUCUGACUGCAUCCGACGAGGAAUCUAGCUCGGAGGACGCUCAGUCAAAUGCUUCAGAGGUGGCUGACGAGGUGAAGGACCUCAAAAUCAACACCCCAUCCAGGCCAAGUGUGCGCGAAAGGGCUAUGGGUUUCGACAUGAGAUCGGUGACUGCACCUCCACACCUGGCCAUGCAAGCGACGCCUCCCUCAAAGCUACGAACGACGGCUGUGGCGCAGGAAUCACAUGGAAGUCGGGAGAGAUCCCGCUCGCCGGAGCAGGCACCUGGGGCACUCGACCCUACAUCGCUUCGGCCAUUCCAACCGAUCCCUACAGAUAUGCCACCUUCGCCUCCCGAUUCUAGCGCCGGACCUGAAUAUACGGAGCACCCCUCUCGGACGGCGCUUCCAGAACAAGCGAAUGUGCCUGACGCUCCAAACCCCAGUCGCACAGCAUAUGUUGAGCCAGGCAUAUCCAGUGGUGAUGUGAUGUGCGCAGGAGAGGGCGCGGCUGCGGACUCUGCGCAUGCAGGCGCCGCCCAAUCGGAUGAGAAGCCUGAAGCCGCACUGCAGAGCGAGGUGGACAGGCACACCAAUGUCAUAGAACCAAAAAGUGAACCAGUAUUUGUCGCAGGUGCUGAAGACGCACAACAUCAGGGCGAGGAUCGUGGCAACCAUGCGGGUGAGAUUGUUGAGGCGGCGAGCGAUCUGCGCCAAGAAACCAAUCAAUUCGCCUCACUUUCGCGCAUCAACACCGGCGGGGCGAAAGCCGCAGACGCGGAUGAACAACCACGGCCCUCAGCUUUGCAGUGCAAAGAACAGAAUAAUGGGGACUUCACUGCAAGGUCUGCGGUGGGAGCGGAGCUCGCGGAUCCUUUUGCGCAGAUACAGGCUCGCAUUCAGGCUAGGAGGAGUAUUGGAGGGACAACCUCUUUCGUACCAAGCCGGAAGUCUCCAACGCGUCAAUCGUCUUCGUCAACGGCCUCGUCCGGAUCAUUGUCGUCCGCCAGAUCUGGGCUGUCACUCCGCUCGCAUCCUUAUCAAGCUCAGCAACAGCAAGCGUUUGCCAGCGCUCUAGUCCGCAAAGCAUGCUCUGUGUUCCUUGGUCCUCCGGCGCAUCUCGUCCUGAUCAUGCUGAGGAUCGCAGCGAGAUUCGCAAAGGGUGCAUUCCCACGGAGUCUUCUGUUCGAAUCUCCGGCAGGUGCGUCUAAGCGUGUCCCUGGCUCGUUCGAUUUGGAUGGAAGUGAUGUGGAGGACUUUGCCUACGAUGAUGACAUUGGUGACUGGGAAGAUGACUUUGGUGUUCCCUUGAGGAGUCCUGUGAGACUGGCUGCGGCAAUGAACGAGGUACUUAGCAGGACAACUAGCAAUGAAAGCAGCAUUGCAAAUGUCAGAGGAUGA